CUCUCCCUGUCCCAUCUCUGUCCCUGUUUGAUGGUCAACGGUUCUCUGUCUUUUCCUCUCCUGCUCUGUCUCUUGUUUCCUGUACCUGCAGGGACCCAGCCCUGGAUCGUGGCAAAUCUGAGCUACCCUUCUGAACUUGUCCUCUUGGGCUUCUCCUCCCUCGGUGAACUGUAGGUCCUUCUGUGUGGGCCCUAUCUCCUUUCCUUCAUGGGAAACUGAAACACCAUCAUCAUAGUCAUGGUCAUAGCUGACACCCACCUACACAAGCCCAUAUACUUCUUCCUGGGCAAUUUUUCCUUGCUGGACGUCAUAGUGACCAUCAUAGUGGUACCCUGGAUGCUCUCAGACAUGCUGGUCUCCAACAAAGCCACCUCCUUCACUGGCUGCAAGGUCGAGUUCCACUUCUACUUUUCCUUGAGUUCCACCUCCUUCUUCACCCUUGACCGCUUAGUGGCCAUCUACUCACUUCGUUACAGCACUUUGAUGAACUGGGCUGUGUGAGCUCAGCUGACGCGGGCUGCCUGGCCAACCCCUUUCCUAGCCAUGGUCCUCACUGUUCUCUCGCGAGGAUUUCUCAACUAUUGCCAUGGCCACAUCAUUAACCACUUCUGUGACAACACACCUCUGCUGCAGUUGUCCUGCUCAGACAGCCUGCUGGAAUUCUGGGACUUUCUGAUGACCCGCUCCUUCCUGGUGCCCCUCAUCUGUUGGGGCUACAUGACCGCUGUGCUGAGAAUCCCCUCAGGCAGCAGCCCCCAGAAGGCUUUCUCCACAUGUGCGUCUUAAUUCACUCUGGUCUACAUCAGCUACAGUGGCACUAUCUCCCCAUAUGGCAGGCCUGGCAAGGCACACUCUGUGGAUGUCAACAGGGUGGACACCUAGGUGAUGGCCAUCCUCGCCCCCUUCCUCAGUCCCUUCAUCCUUACCUUCCACAAUGAGGCGGUCAAGGUCGUGCUCCAGGGGUGGAUGCAGAGACUGAAACGCCUUCACAAAGCACCAGGACCUGACCAGGCUUAGGCAGUUCUAGGAGGAGACAGUGUCCGGUGUGAGGGAGGACCACUGUUGAAUGUAUUGAGGAUUUUUUCUCUGUGCCUCUGAGUGCUAAUUGCAGUGAACCCUCAGUGCUAUCCUGUCUGGCCCAAAACUGUGAAAGGCCACCAUGGAAGUGCUCCCCAUACCUCCUGGAAGCUGCAAGAACUCUGAAGGGAGCUCAGAACCUGAGGAUCCAGCUGCAAGGAUUCCCAGAUAUGGAAGAACAUGGGCUCUGCACAGCACCACCAUGCACGUAUGUGUGUGUGCAGAUGUGUGUGUCUUCAGGGUCUACUUCUCCACACGCACCCACUGCUCGGUGUGUGCACCAUACAUGUUUGGGACUACAGGGGACCAAGAGGAGGAACAGAUAUUACCAAAACAAAACAGUGGUUUUUAACAUCUGUGGAGUUCGUGAUGUUUCAUGUGGUUACUCUCUCAUUUCACCAGUACUGAGUGUACUUUAUGCAUUGGGCACUGUAACAAAUGCAGGAUAAAAAAGUAAAGAGGGCAGAGAUGGUCCUUAUCCUGCCAUGUGACAGGAAGGAAUAAUAAAGAAUAUUCACCCACAGCAGGGAAAGGGCAACGGUGGAUUCCCAGGAGUUUUAUGAGCUCAGUUAGAACAGCAUGGAGAUUAGAUGGGGGCCAAGGGUCACUUCAGAGGCCGCUGGGUAACACAAUGGAUGCAAGGCAGGCAGCCUGAGAAUGCAAUUCAUCAGCUACUUCUAGGGGGGGAAAUGGAAAAAUGGACUUAAAAUGAGGUAAGAACAAGUCAUGCAGAGAUUAUGUGGGUACUAGGGAAUAAACAAUGACAGGGGUUUUUAAAAAGAUAACUUGUCUCCUGCGUGAUUAAACAUUCGUUCGCCUGCAGGCUGGUCAGUGAUAAACAUAGUGAGCUCCUUUGUCCAAUCACAAUAGAAAAUAGAUUUUAA